AAAAUAUCCAAACAAUGAAACAAGUGUUAAGGAAAAACAAUAUCAUUGUUCAUUUCAAAUAAAUAAUCGAAUAUUAUUUCUUGGGUAAACCUCAUGUAUUUUUCGUGCAUGGCGAUUUUAGAAGUUUGUUUAAAGAAAUGGAAUUAACCUUGUGAAGCAGGUCUAUUUCAAACCAGGUAUUAAUCUUAAAGUAAUAGAAUCAUAUUGAACACAAAUAUCACAUCUUACUUUGUUUCUUAUGUACAUCAAGAAGUUUUUUAUUCACGAACUAUGUGACUGGUGUGCAGUGUAAUGUCAUGUAAAGUAAAGCUUUAGUAAAGAGUAAAGACUACUACACUACUAUACUACUAAGUAAAAGUUACAAUUUCAGGUAGUGUAGACUGUAGAGUAGUAGACUAAAAGUAAAGUGUAGAGUAGGGUGACCAAAUCAUGAACUGGAAAAAACGGGACAUACCCAAGGGGGGGGGGGUGGAUAAAGAGGGAUUUAGGGGACUCUGCUGGAAACUGUUUAUUGAAAUAUGCUCAUUCUAACUAUCUUGAGACCUAGGCCUAGAAAUCUUUUAAAAUUACUUUCACGGUAAAUUAUUAGAGAUCGUCCAGCGAUGGCCGCCAUCUUGGUUGACACAACCAGUUAAUCCUGUCACUAAUGUAUCCCUAAAUCGAUCCCUAUGCCUAACCUAAACCCUAAAUCGAUCCCUAGCCCUAUGCCUAACCUAACCUGAACCCUAAAUCGAUCCCUCAACCUAACCUAAACCACUAAACCCUAAUUCACUGUAACUGUCACUAUAAUAAACGCACAAAUGACAUCACUGGAUGAUCUCUAAGAAUUAGCCACUUUCACUUUUGUUAUUUAAUAUUAAUAUAAACCCUGAAGCAUAUCAUAAACGAAAACAAUAAUUUUGCAGUGAAUACUUAUUUAUUUAUAAAUAUUUUACAACAUAACACUAAUACAACUACAACACAACAAAUUAAAUUUCUCUAGUCUAGGACUAGGAUUUAAAUUGAGGAUAUUAAUAUUAUAUUAGUAUUAGGCUGUUGUCCCGGCCAUUGUUUUAAAAACUCCUUCUUAUCUACUAUGUGAAAAUGUGUUUGGUUUUAGAAACGGGUACAAUUGUGAAAAAACUGGACUUUUGAUCACCCUAGUGGAGAGUCACCUGUUUAACUGUCACUGUAGAGUGUAGAAGUAGUCACAUACUAUCAUUUACUAUGACUUAAUUAUAACUAUAACUAUAUAUUGGUAAUUAGUAUAUAUACUAGGGAUAACAAUACUUGUUCACGCACCGUUCUGCGCAUGUCCUAAAAUGUCGAUAAAAUGUGUUCUACAAUAUGGCGUACGGCUACACGGUAUCUUUGGAAAAUUGCAUACUACGUAGCCUUUGUUUAUUAAAUAAUGCUUUCCUCAUCAGUGACGUAUCAGUUUUUGUGUUCCGGUGAUAUAUUGAUUUAUUCCACUAGAUUUUUUGUGUAUCCCGGACAGUAUUAUUAUAAUGACUCGGUUAGUAUAUAAAUCGUAUAAAAUACUUUUUUACUAGUUAAGCAACCAAAAUAUGGUUUAGUUAUACCCAAUCUACAUUCAUUUUAAGAGUUUUUUCAUUAUUUGAGUUAUUAUCUUGACUUUGUCUAUAAAAAGUUAUGCAUCCCACGAAGGAGUGGGGGUACAAAAUUGUCAUUUUUUUUAUUUUGAUCAAGAGGCCGGAAAUGGCUGCUAUCACUGUGAUUCGUUAAUGUUAAAUCCUUAAACAGCUAAAUAAUGAUAAGACGUUUAAAAUGAAUAAUUUUAAGAAAAGAUUAUAACCAAAGUUUAAUUAUGUAGUAACCAAGGGUUGGUUUUAAGUUUUAUUUAUUACGUUAAAAAUUGUGUACGGUACCGGUAGACAGUUUAUCGUUCUUCAUAAUUAUUGAAUCAAUAUUUAAAUUUAAUAGUGUUAUAAUAGUAAUGUCAAUAAUAAUAAUCGUUUUUCUCUUAAUAAUUAUUUCAGAGAAUAUUACUAAAAUUAGGCCGAUAUAUCAGUUAUAAUUAUAAACAACUGUUAUUAUAAUCCUGCCUAAGCUUAAUUUUUCAUAAUCAUAAUUCUAUUACUAGUACUACGACAAUCAACAACCACACUUACUAAUAAUAUAUUUUUUAGUUAAGCCUAUAUAUAACAGUUUUAUUAAAAUACAUCAAAUUAAUAAACAAGAAUCAAACAACAUCAUCGUUGUAAUUAUAUUUUUAUUAGAACAUAGAAAAGCAGUACAUAGACAAUUAUUUAAUAUAUCAAAUAACAUUUUUUAAUAAAUUAGUCUCAUCAUCAUAGAUGAUUUUGAGUAAUUUUUAUUUAUAAUUACAUGCGUUCCAAUUUAUAUAUAUAAAAAAAGACUACUUACCUUUUUAUAAAUAUAAUAAUUGAUUUAAAAUGUAAAACAAGCAUAAUAAAAUUAGUUAAAAUUCAAUAAACAUGUUAUUUUUUCGUUUUUUCCUGUAUAAAUGAUGAUUUUCCCAAUUUUUCUGUUCACUUUUUUCUGAACAUACCCACAAAUAAAUAAUUUAAAAAAAUAAAAGUCUUGAUGUUAUGUAAAAGUUUUGUUGUUUAUUGGGUUGUAUAUUGCAUUGAGAAUGUCUCCUGAAAAUUUGGUAGCAUUAUCUUUUAAAAUCCAAAAGUUUUGGGCAAAAUAAGGCAGAUAUUUGGAAAGUGGGUCACACGUUUUUUCAGUUAAAUACUAAGAUAAAGAAGGGGGUCUUAAAAAAUCACCAAAAAAAUCAUAACUCCACUUCUAUAAAAGAUAGAAAGAUGAAAUUGGUGUUGUUGUAAAGCUUAUAGCUACCCCUUUAAAAUGAUGUAUCAUUCAUGUCGAUCGGACAAUAUUUAAAUUUUGUGUCAAAGUACCUAUAUAUACAGUAGUAUGCAUAAUACAUUAUUUACCUGUUAGGACUACUGAGGCUGAGUGUUACUAAUUACUACAUUAGUAGUGUUGUAAAAUUAGUUAGACCCUAGAAUAAGACCUAGACUUCUUCUAGUUCUAGCCGCCUUGAGUAUUAGUAGUACAAGUACAUUUAGUUUUAGUUGACUUGAGGAUCAAUCAAGUACUUAAAUGGAAAGACUUGACUGCCAAUCCUUGGACUUGGUUCAUCAUAUUGAUAUUAAAUUUAUUCAUCAUAACAUUUAUUCAAGAGUUUGCCUUGCCAUUAUUGGCAUGGCAUAUGAUUUCAAUUUCAUAUAGGGAGUGGGUGUUUCCUCCGCUUCCAUUUCCAUUUUAUUUUUGCAUAUAUAUAUAUAUAUAUAUAUAUAUAUAUAUAUAUAUAUAUAUAUAUAUUUUUUGUCUUAUUCUUUUUUUUUUUUUCAUAUAGAGAGUGUGUGUUUCCUCCGCUUACAUUUACAUUUUAUUUUUGUAUAUAUAUAUAUAUAUAUAUAUAUAUAUAUAUAUAUAUAUAUAUAUAUUUUAUGUCGUAGUCUAUUAUUUUAUUGUCAUGUUCAAGAGUUCUCUGAUCCAAUUCAUCCAGUUUGAAUUAGGUUAGAUCCAGUCCUGAACUUCAGAAAACCCAGACCAGACACCAUUUUUGAGCAACACAUUAACUAUAAUUAACUCUGUGCCCUUUCUGUUUACUGAAGAGUUUUCCAGUCCCAGAGUGUCAGAAACAGCAGCCUAAUCACUUUUUAAUGUGAUUUAUUACUCGAGGCAAUAUGUGACUUUGUCAGCUUUGCCAAAUCUGAGGUCAUGUGCCGGGCAACGAAAGCAAAAAUAACAAGUCAUAAAAAAAGCCUCUAUUAUAAUGUAGAUCGGUGUUUGUUUUGGCUUUUAUUUUUUCCCUUUGAAAACCUGAAGUAACAAGUUACUAGCAUUGAAUCUGUAGUACAAAUGAGGCAAAUGUUUCAGUCUCACUUUUUGCAACUAAUUCGUGGAAACAAUGGCACUUCUGCAAGAUAAGACUCAGCCAAAAAUGUAUAAUAGAUUUAAAUACUGUCCCAUUGCCAUAAAUGAUACACCAUUAUAAGGGGCUAACUAUAAACUUUAUGAAAAACAUCAAUUUUAUCUUUCUAGCUUUUAUAGAAGUGGAGUUAUGACUCUUUUUUUUAGUGAAGCUUUUAAACCCUCUUAUUUAUAUUGAUACUAGCUAAUAUACCCCGCAUUUCUCAGGAUUGCAUUAGGAAAAAACAAACUUCUACAGCUUUUCAAUUAAUAUUGAAAUUAAGCGUCAGGUUAAAAAAACAAAAAAAAAGAACGCUAAAGUAAAAACAUAAAAUAAUUAAUUUGUCUCCUAUAAAAACACAUAUAUAAAAAUUUUUGUAAAACUUUCGUUCUCCGAUGGGAUCCUGAUCCUGUUGGGCUCCCAAUCGGAUCCCGUUUCCUGAUGGCAUCCCGUUUCCCAGAGAUUGUGAUGGGAUCAUGAUCCCGGUGGUAUUCCGUGGGUCACCUGAUCAAGUCGGUAUCCCAAUACAUGUGGGAUCCAGUUUCCCGAUAGGAUACCAAUUAGAUCCCAUUACCCAAUGAGUCGUUCUCCAUUAGGAUUCAUUUCCUCGUUGGGAUUUGAAUAUGUAUUGAAUUAUUUAAACAGAGACUUUGUUCACUGUCCACAUUAAAAAACUAGUCACUGGCCUGAGUUUGUAAAAUAAUCCAAAUAUUAUUAAAGGUAAUUUAAAAGAUAUUUUUGUACUUAUGUUCCAGAGAAAAGUAAUUUAAAGGUUAAAGUCCAGUAGGACACCAUCUUUACUUCCAAAAUGGCUACAUCAUUGGCAGCACAGUUAAAAAAACUUGCAGUGCCUGAAACUCAGUAUCUUCUUAGUGGAGAUCUUAGACAGGCCUCCUUUCUCUAUGAUGACAGAGAGGCUGCUAAAUUUGAAAAGCAGCAUUUCUACAAUAUUGGUAGGUGGUUAACUUGAGCAUGUAAAUAGUUACUUUCUUUAUGUCAGUCCUCAUGGUCUGUAAUUAUAAUAUAUUCUGAAUAAGUACAUGAGGAUGAGUAAUUUAUGAUAUGUAAACAUCUAUAUUGGUCUGUGUUAAAUGACUUUUUGCAUGGGAUUUUAAAGUGCGUUGUCUUUCUUUCAGGUAUAAAUGGCCUUCAGCAGUUGAUUGAAAAAGAUGAAGGAUUCUUGGAGUAUGAGCAAAAUUUGUUUAGUCCAUCUUCUCAGUCCUUGCAGCGCUAUGUACAAACAUCAGAUAUCAACAAACAGCUAGAUAUAACAAUCACAAGAUUUCUCCUCCAGCUAUCACCUUACAUGCAGUUGAGAGAAGCACAUAAAGCUAUGGAAUGGAUGGUUCACAGGUCCUUUUUCAUUACUCAAAGCCUUCUGAUAUUUUCACCUAUGUUAAAUUAAUUUAAUGUAAUUGCUUUUUGUAUUUACUUAGUGGUGAUUGUUGGAUAUAUACAUUUAAAACAUCAAUAUUAUAUUAUUUAAUUUAAGCUUAUAAAUGUUCAAUAUUUUUUUAGGUAUAAUGUUCACUUGCGGAAUGUAGAUGCAUUAAUGAUGUGUGUGCUCCCUUAUCAUGACCAAGAACCUUUUAUUAUGGCUCUGCGUCUGCUAAAACUGAACAGCAAUGAGUGCAUAAAAUGGAAGUGGCUAGAGGCAGUGAAGGUUUGAAUGUUUGUUAAAAUUAUUUCUAGUGUCAAUUUUUGUUAUCAAAAUAUUUUGUAUGCUAAAAUAGUAACACUUGUUUCUCAUUUCUAAAGAGCUAUUGUUAAUCUAUUUCUAUCUGAUUAAACAUUUACAGAAAGGUGGGAGCUUUCUACCCAGACAAACACUUGUGGCACAUUGCAGAACUGCAAAAGGCUUUCUUGGGUUCAUGUGUGACUUGCUGACAAAGCACAUCGAGGUGAAUAGUGAAUUUGUAGUGUCAAUUUUAUUUUAAGAUAUUAAUGCCUGGUUGGGAGAAAGCCCAAGAAAUUGUUCCAUUUAUUGAAGAAAGCAGUCAGUGAAGACGGUUUCCCCUCAGUCCACUUUUUUUUUUUUAUACUAUCUAAGCAUAUAAAUUUUAAUGUACAAUGAUGGGAAUGUGUUUGUCCUUACUAAAUUCUCAAAUUAGUAAUUUAGCAGUAGCUAAUCAUUACAUGCUGUUAUAUUUUAAAAUAUUUCACAUAUAUAGAUUUCUGAUUAAGUUUAUUGUAAACGUUUGAUGUACUGUUAAAAUACACUGUCAUGUUGAGUCCACAUUCACCUUUUUUUUUCCUUUUAUUUAAAAAAAAAUAUAUUUCAUCACUAAAAGGGAAUAUAUUAAAAAAAUUUCACACCUCAAAUUUAAUUGGAGAAGUAAAUAUACAUAUGAUGCUAGAAAUUUCAUACAUUGUUAGAAAAAUCUCUCCCCCUCAUUUUAAGAGGUGAUUUUAGUUGACUGAUAAAAUAAAUAAGUUCAGUCAUCAACUUAAUUUACCUAUUAAUUGUCUUGCAUAUUCUACAUUUUAGGCUAACACAGGUGACUCUGGAGUGCCAUCAGCUCGACAUUUGCAUCGGGUUAUCUCCUUCUUCACACAGACAGUUCUUGCCACUUUGAUGACAGGUCCUCCAACAGAAGCCACCAUUUCCACAUUAAUACCUGCAAUCACCUUUGGCCUUCAGUCGCAUGACCUCGCUGAUCACAUGGUCUCCUCAUAUAUGAUCCUUAGUCAGCUUUUGAUGCAGACAAGUCUUGCUGACAAACUAUUAGUGUCACUGGUUAAUGUUAUAGCAAAGGUAUUUAAAAUCUAAAAACAGUUUAAUUUUUUCAGGAGGUGGUCUUCUCAAAGAGACAAAAAUAUAUAAAAUCUCAUGGCAAGAGAGUUUUAUAUAAAAGUUCAUUUAAUUAUUCAAAGUUUAAGUAAAUUAAUUAUCUUAAUUUGAUUCUUGUAUCUUAUCGAUUUUUCCUUUUAAUAUCCACAGAAUGCACAAACAGCCCUUUUUAACAGUGCUGUUUCUGUGCUAAUCAUUAUUUACCAAAAGCAAAAUAUUUCUAAAGUACCUAAAAAGUAAGUGUGUAUGACAUAUGAAUUUUAAAAAAUCUCAGUUGUUAAGUAAGCCAUGUCAUAUGUUUUGUAGAAAUAAUCUGUUUGAUUACUUUCAUAUAAAAUUCCAGUCAUUGUUGUUUAUAUUAUUAGUUUUUAUCACAAAUUUUCACAAACAUAAAGUUAAAUAUUAUUUUCUCAUGCUCACUGUUAGUUUUUUCCAGCUCGCAUACCCAAAGAUGUUUUUUUUUUUAAACCAACUGCCUUAUAUUUUACAUUUUUUCAGAAAAGCACUAUGGAAAUCCACAUUUAAAUUGUAUUCAUGAAUUAAAUAAAUAAGUUUAAAAUGUACUAGUUAGUCUUCUUUUAAUUAAAAAGUUUUCUUUUUUAAUGAGCAAUUUAAACAUAUUUCUAUUUUUUACAACUUUCAUUCCAGAGCUUUCAAGUAUUUGAUCAGAAAGCCAUCUUUAUGCCAGAUUCUCAAACAGAUAAGCAUAGAUACCAAUGCUGAGCCCUUCAUCACCCCUUUUGUGACAAUUCUAACAAAAAGGGUAUUGAAUGCUGAAGGUAGUUCAGAGAAUAGUGAGUGUAACACUGAGGACAAUGACAGCACCACACCACCAUCACUAAUUUCAAUGUUGGUUGAAAUGUUGACUCUGAUUCCUAUGGAAAAAAAGACAAUAGCUGUCACUGCCAGGUUAAUUUUCUUCUUUAAAAGUCCAGCUUUUUAUCUUGUGUCAUCAAUUGUUACAAGCUAUCAUCAAUACCUGAUUUCAUUUACUCAAGCGAGCAUUUCAUAAUUUCCUAAUAGCCAUGCAUGAUUACAACUCUAAAUGCAUAAUGCUGAAUUAGAAAUGUUAUAGAAUUAACUUUGUAAAAGAAUUUAACUCUUGUAUGGUUUUUCAAACAGGAUAGUCAUUGAUUGGUUCGCUCAGCAUGAAGCUGACAAUUCAAUGGAAGUUGAUAACUACAAUGUUCAGGGUGAUGGCCCAUUUAGGAUAUUCAGACUUUUGGAAAACAGGUUGGUUAAUUACAUCUACACCAAAUAUGUUUUAAUUUUUCUAGAACCAUACAAAAUAGUUAAUAUGCUCUAAAGAAUAAAUCUUUAUAUGAUAUAUUUUUUAUCUUUAUAUAUGUCAGAUUUUCCAAUAUUCUGGAUACUGUUAUUCAAGAAUUGAUCAAUACCACCCCUGAGAUUAAAGGAGUUGUUACAACACUUUAUGAAAAGUCAGUGGCAUCAGCUCAUCAGGAAUUAAUCACUGAUCCCAUGUCAUGCUUAGUCAUGUGCUUGCAUCAUCGUAAUAGAGCUUUGAGAAAAAAUGCUGUGGAAAGACUGCUUGGGGACUUGAACUUGGUGAGGCUCUAAAUAUGUCUCUUUUUAACACCAUCAACUUGUCUUUAUUACAAUACAAGCUAGCAGUAUUUGCAUUUAAAUCAAAAUAAAAUUAGCAAGGACCUGUUUUUUGGUUAUUUAUUUACUUCCAUCAUACAGAAGUCAUGGAUGCUCAUGAUAUAAAAAUAAAUUCUUUUGAAACAUUUCAGAUGGAUGAUAAAACAAGUGUGCAAUCUGCACUUGCCAUGCGAUUACAGGAUGAAGAUCCUUCUGUUGUUGCUGCUGUCCUGAACAAUCCAUCUGUAAGUGGUAAUUGUCAUUAUUUUAUGUAUUUAAAAAUGUUUAACAUCAUAUCAUCAUAAAACUUCAGUAACUUGUUAAUAACUGUACUUUUUAUUUUUCAGAAACUCUGGACAUUGUUUGAUGACAAGAUUGUUCUGUUCAAAACAUUGUUAAAGAAACUGCAUGCCAUUAGUCAAAAAAGAGGGGGGUAAGUAGCAUUAUAAUUUCUUAGUAAAAUGGUUUCAUUAAGUGGUUUAUUGUGUACAUUAUCUUAACAAUCAUUGAUCAAUAGAUUUAUGAAUCUUAUAAGUAAUACACAUGAGUAGAUAACAACUUGUAUCAUAUAUGGAAUUCUUAUAUCAGAUUUGAGACAAGCCUUUAAAGAAUUAGCUAUACAAUUACCUAUUUUGCCAUUAUUGCCAUUCUCAAAGUUAUAUUAGACUAAUCUCUUUAACCAAAUGUUUUUAAUAUAUUACUGACCUUCUUUAUUUUAGCAAUUCAGCUUUAAUUAGAGACCAAGUUUUGAAGACCCUGUGCUGUGUUCCAGAAAAUGUGAACAAUGAGAUGGAGAUCAUUGUGGUAAUUCUCUCUUAUCUUGUAGCCUUGGAUGUCAGAGAACUUAAUCUUGUCAAAGAAAUGCUGGCAUCUCCUAUAAUGACUUGGAAUAAAGUGUUAAUUCAAAUCAAGUUAUGUAAGUAAAUUUUUGAACAUCUAAAAUGUAUUUAACAAAAGUUUAUUUGUUUAUUAGCUAAUAAAAACAAACUUAAAAUGUACCUUUUUUAUAGUUAUUCCUUUUUUAUACACAUAUAUAUAUAUAAAUUAAAUAGGAGAUACAUUGAUGCAAUUAUAGCCAUUUUAUCCCUUUAAAUUUUAUUUACAGACCUGUUUACCCUCAAACUCUUAAAAUCGUACAAUAUCAUCACAUAAUCGUUCAAUAUAUUCUCUUGAUAGAAAAAAAAUGUGCAGUAUAUGUAAUGUAUACACCUUAAAAUCUUACAUUGUACACCAAAAUCAUAAGAGUAAACAGUUCUGUAUUUAUCUUAAAAAUAAUUUAUUAGACACUUAACACCAAAUUUAAUUUAAUGCUUCUUAAGUCUUUACGUCCCCAGGAAUUACAAAAAAGAUGAUAGAGACUUAGUAAUAUUACAUUUAUCAGAUUUAUAUUUGAUUAUAUCAAAAGUUUUAUUUUUGUGUUCUGUUAGAUUUUUUUUAAAAUUUUGUGUUUUGUUACAUUUUUUUGAGGCGCUGAGGUUUGCUCAAUCGAAUUAAUGUUUUAAAUUUUAUAUAAAGAUGCUGUACAAAGGAAUAAUAUUAAUAUCCUUUAGUGGUGCUGUAUAAUUUUGAAUUUUUUGCAUCCAAUCAUGUCAAACACAGACAGAUCAAGACAUUCAAAAAUGUGUAAUCUGAUUUUUAUCAUUUAUUUACUGUUUUUAUGGAAAAACAAAUGUGAUAUUUAAAGAGUUCAAAUCCUGUAACUCAGUGGUUUAACAUCAAAACUAUUAAGAAUUUUUUUAAUUUCUUGAAGUUGCUUACAUUCUAACUACAAAAUGUGUUUUAAGUUGUGUUGUUUUUUUCAUUCUGAAGCUUGGCAACCUUUGAUUGAUCUGCAAGAGACAAAUACGGAUGUGUUAGCUGUUUUGUUCAUGAAGCUCAUUGAUAUAAUCUCAACUUUUCUUAUGGCAAACCUUCAAGAAGCACCAAGUUUUGUAUGUAUAUUCUAUACUGGAUGUUACCAUAAAAUUGUAUUUCACGUUGGUUGUGUGUGUUUUCAAGUAUUCUUAUAGGAGCUCAUCAGAAAACUAUUUUAUACAGAAAUAAAAAUACAUUUAUUUUAAACAAUAUUUAAAUUAUUAUUUUUAUUUAAAUCUUCCUUGUAGCUUACUACUUUGUUCAGUUGCAUCACUAUUAGCCCCAGACAAGGCUCAGCAGCACUGCUAGUCAUUUAUCUCCAUGAGUCCUUAAUAAAAAGAGUGAAAAGGGUAGAGGUCAAAGCCAUUCUUCAAAGACAACUUGCUUUUGUAGUCUCUGACUUGGUUGAGAAAGUGAGUAUCUAAUUUAUUUUUGAAAAUAGCAUUUUUACCCAGACAAAUUUUAAGCCUUUCUUUAUGCCUACUUCUUAAAAAUAGCUGGUACUCAGUUGCCAUUUUUAUCAUUUUUCCUGCUUUCAAUUUGAGUAUAUUUUCUGAAAAGUGGAGUAAAAUCUGAUGGAUAAUGGUUUUCCUAAUUAUAGAUUUCAUCUCAAAUUAAUUUAGCAUUUUUAUUUUAGUGUGAAUUAAAAGAAAAAGAUAUAUAUAUAUUUCUUUGUUUUAGGGGCUAUUUCACUUCAAAUCAGAAUCAAUUGGGAAGACAGAUGGUGAAAAGGAAAACCAGAUUAUGGAUUGUUUGUGUCAGUUAGCAAGUAAAAGAAACCUGCCCUUAUUGCUUUUGACUAAAUUGCCUAAUAUGCUAGACCUUGCUGCUGUGCCGAAUACUUUGAAAGGUAGCGAAUUGUCUUUUUAAGCAUUCUGAUGACUCAUGUUUUUUCCACUGUUUUUUCCACAGCUCAUCCAACUUCUUUUAAUAUUCAUUUUAAAUCAUAACCCUUUGACAAAGGGUAAGGUAGAUUAAGCAUUGCUGUCCAACAGCUGUAAAGAAACUGAAUAUUAUUAUGUUUAGAUGUCCACUGAAAGAGAUUUACUUUAAAAGAUUUUACAGACCGAUUGCAUCACCAAAAAUAAGGUUGAUGCUGUCCAGUACAAUGAAAUCAACAAUUUAAAUCUGUGCAGAACAAUGAAAUCAACAAUCUGAAACUGUGCAGAGCAGUGAAAUAAAAAAUCUAAAAAUGACAACAUAAUUAUUAAAAACACGCCAAGUCUAUCAUAGUUCAUUUUGAACUGCAGAUAGCAUUAGAACUAGAACGAGUAUGGUGGACUAGCUUGUUGAUUUAUGGUUUCUUUUACCAAAUCAAAAAAACCUGAAUCAGGAAGUCUCUAGCUCCUAAAUAUAUUCCUUCAAAUACUCUACAGCAGUAGAAAGCUUAAACUUCAUUAAUGUGGUUAGCAUCAAAAGAGUAAAUGCGAAGGCAUAUGGAGACCUUUUAAAGGGAAUAGUUUAAAUUUUGCCAUUAGCCUUGAAGCAAUAGCAGGCAGUGAAAUGUGAAAGUGACUGCUCACCUAAUGUGUCACACCAUUCUUCAAGUGGAACACAAGAUAAUCACGGAGAACAAAAUUUAACAUUUGUAGGUUUGGCCUUAAACAAAAAGAUACAUUGAUCUUAGGCUUUUUAUACUUUUUAGAACUCCUGAGCUAUGAUUCUACUUGUAUAGUUAGUUUAUUAUAGUUGAUACAUUUAUUUUCAUAUGCCUUUUUUAGAGUUGACCUUCUGGGAACUAACUGAUGCUGAUACCCUGGAAGCUAACUGGUUGAAAACAGUCACAAUACUUACAAAUCUCUACUUUGGAUUGUCUGUAAAAAAAAGUGGCAUUAUAAAUGAGCUGGCAAAAACAAGUUUUAUCAGAGUCUUUCAGGUAAUUCAUUCAAAUUCUUUAAGUGUUUUGGAAACAAGCAUUUCUUUUCUUUUGGAUAUCAACUAAAAUCUAUUGGUUUUUGCUCAUAGACUUCAUUUUGAAUUAAAUCUGAAGUUAUACAGAUUAACUCUAAAAAUCGCCCCGGAGGGGGGGGGGGGAUGUGUGUGUCCCUCUCUCAUUAGGUACCUUUACAAUCUGGCUGGUUGUUCAAUGAAGAACAAUAAUACCAGAUUUUAUAUUUUCUUUCUUUUGGAUAUCAAAUAAAAUCUAUUGGUUUUUGCUCAUAGACUUCAUUUUGAAUUAAAUCUGAAGUUAUACAGAUUAACCCUAAAAAUCGCCCCGGAGGGGGGGGGGGGAUGUGUGUGUCCCUCUCUCAUUAGGUACCUUUACAAUCUGGCUGGUUGUUCAAUGAAGAACAAUAAUACCAGAUUUUAUAUCAUGGGAUUCAGAAUUGAAUGAUCUAUUAUUUGUUACCAGUUAUUAAAUAUCAUUUAAUUAUGUUUUGAUUUAUGGCCUAAAGAUUCAUACCACAAACAGGGAGAAUAAAAAAAAUAUGUAUUGAGACCUAAGUUAAAAUCUUUAUUGUAAUCAUCAAUGAUAACCAUUUUUACAACACAUAAAAAUUUCAAGUAAUUUUACCAACCUUUGUAUGAAUUAUGACACUUUUAAAAAUGCAUUCAUAAAUUAUUUUUUUAAGUGAAUUUUUAAAUAAUUUUAUUUUAUUUAAAACAAAAUUAAAGAAAACAUUAAAACAUAAUGAUAAUCCAGAAUAAAUUAUAGCCAGAAAAGUCAUUGCCUCUUCUUAGCGGAUCCAAUGUAAACAAAGGAAAUUUCAAAUAACUUUGCUUGUGAACAAAAACUAUUGAUAAAAUAUACACUUGAUGAACUGGAAUAAGAGAUAAUAUAAGUAAUGUUAAAUACUUGUUUUCAAUUUUCAUGAAGCCCACUGUUCACAGAAUAUCAAAAUAAAAAUAGUUUUUUUUCUCACCAUUUCCACAAAAUUUUGGAUGAAAAUCGGGUCAUGAAUGAAACCAAAACACGAUGCACAGACUAAAUUUUGUUUUAUGAAAUAUCUAAAUUUACGCUGAAAAUUGAUUUUCCUAACUAAUUUAUCCAUGAAAAAUUUCAUGUUAAAAAUAACUUUGGUAUACAUAAAAAAAAUAUUUUUUUUAAAAUGAAUGUACUUUGAGAGCGUGUGCAUGGCAUUUUUAUAUUGACAUAAAAUAUUCAGCAUUUAUUUUUAUCUAUUGUAAUAAAUCUUUCCAUGCAUUUUUAAAAACUCUCAGCUGUUCUAAAUUUUGUGUAAAAAUAUGUAAAAUGGAAUAACGAAAAUGCCUUUUCAGGUUUUUGAGAAGAUCAAAUACAAGAUUAGAUUUCUAUGCAUGAUUUGGAUGGCCAGCAAUGACCAACAUAUAAGCAGCCUUCAGAAAGCCCGUGUUUUACUGUUUUCUAAAGUGCACAUAAGCUCGCUGUCUUCACAGGAUAAAGCUGAGAUUGUAGCUGAACCCACGCCAAGUAAGAGCAUUUUCAUUAUUAAAAAAAUGGAAUGAUAGAAUUUAAUGUACCAAAAUCUUUGAACUAAAGUCGUCGUUUUUUUUUUGUCUUCACAGUAAUGCCUUGCCUGCUUGUCCUGCUAUCAAGCCCAUUUGAGCAAGUCAGAGAAAUAGCUUUUUCCAUUAUGGUAUCACUGACUAAAGAAACUGAUGUGAAAGAUUGCAAUUUUUCUUGGUUUUGUGAAAGCCUCCUCCACUAUAAACAGGAAAUCUCAAAAGAUAAUGCAUUUUUAGCUCAGGUAAAAAAAUGUGUUGUCUUGUUAUUUGCUUUUACCAUGCUAGUUGCAGUAUUAUUCAUUAUUUUACAAUUGAUUGUCAUAUUGUUUAUAUUACAAUAUUUAUUUAUGUCAUUCUUAUCCUGGCACAAUUAUUACUAUCUGUAUUUUAAUUUACAAGCAUGCGACACAUUAUGUUGCAAGAAAAGAAAGUGUUGUUGAAUAAUGUUGCUCCAGUAAACAAAUAAACUGUUUUUUUUAAGAAUUUGGGAAGUUUAAUUUCUUUUUUUACUUUGUGAAAUAAAAGGCAAUGAAAUGCUGAGCCCAAAAGUUACUUUUUUGUCACCCUGAAUAAAGUUUAAAUGGCCAUUUCAUAAACUCCUCUCAUAUUUCUAUGGAAUUUAUACUAAUUAUACCCAUUUCAUUCUGAUAGGUUGUGAAGAAUAUUUUAGAAGGAGAAGAUGCUGACUCAGAGCCUCCAUCAAAGAAGCGUAAGCGCAUCAGUAGUGCUCAACAUCAGUCACAUUGUUUAAACUAUUUACUUAACCUAAUGACUGAAGAAAUCACCCCAUGGGCUACAACUUUAGGUCUACUGGCUGUUUUGCACAGACUGGAUUCCGCUGUAAGUAUUCAUAGAUAUUACUAAAUAUUUCCUACAUAAAAAUUUCUUUUUUUAGAUUUGGUGCAGGAAUCCUGUACUGGGCUUUUAUAGUUAACCAUUGUGAUUUUAUUAUACAUUCCAUUGGACUGAAUCAUUCAUUAGAUAAGCAUUAAAAAAAAUAUGUAAAAUAAUUGUUUCUGCUAGUAAUGUUAAAUGUAUUGUCUAAAUUAAUUCUUUGUAAUACAUUAAAAAUAGGAAAGCUUCAAGCCCCUGAUGAAACUCCUCAAGAAACUCAUUGAAUCACCAGCUUCAGAUAGCAAUCUGGCAGGGCUCAAAGGGGAUCAGAUGGAAAUUGUGAAAAUGAUUCUUAAAAGAUUUACACCGAACACAGCUCUGUGUGUCUUGGAAAAGUCUGAGAGUCUUGAUGUGUUAUUAUUAGCCUUGAAGUGUUCUUUGAGGCUCAAAGAUUCAAAUGAAACUGUUCAAAUGGUGGCAUUGGAGCAGGUAAUAAUUUUCUCACUUAUACAUACUUUAUAAACUAUUCUUAUGCAUGACAAUAAAAAAAAUCAUGUCUGCGAUUCUUUUAAUCUGAGUGACAAUGUUAGCUGUAAACUAUAUCUAGCAAUAAUCCCACUGUGUUACAAAGCUAAGCUUCCAACGUCAAUUUUAGUAAUCUUAUCAGAAAAUCCUUGUUUACUCAACUUUUCCUUGGUUCAUAUGCAGUUACAUGAUGAGUUUCUGUCAACACAAAAAUGUGAAUAUUCAUUGUAAACUUUUACACACUAAGAUUGAUUAUAAAUUUAUAGGGAGUAUACAAGAUUUUUGGACACUAGACGGGGCAUUAUUUAUACCAUGAAGUGUUGUACACCAUAGAAAAUCAUGUCUAAUUUAUCUGCAACUUUACACUACAUUUACUAGGCAUUUGUAUGACAAAUCAAAGGAAGUUUAUUUCUAGAAUAAAAGGAAAGAAUAUUUAAUAUUUUUAUAUAUAUAAAACAUAUAAAUUAUAUUUUAUUUUUUGGACAGCUGAGCAGCAAACUAAUGUCAGCACUUCAUUAUUCUUCACGUCAAGCUGUGUUUACACAAGUGCUGAAUAUUUUGAGCACCACCACUAACGUGGAUGUUGGAAAACUUUCUCGUAGGGUUAUUAAACAUGUGAGAGCAUUUGCUAAUUCAAUAUUAAUUUAUUUUAUUUUUUUGUAACGAAUAACAAAGUCUCAAAUCACACAUGGCCAGAUUCUAACCAUUACAAAUCAUAAAAUUCUUAGAUCCAAAAUAUAUAUUCUUAUCGAGAACUUUAAUGAUAAUUGUUACUCUUUGUUUGUUUAGAUUAAUGUGAAAUGGAUUUUUUUUUUAAUAAGCCAUUCCAAUUAAUUAAUAUAGAAAUUUAGUUUUAUAGAUUAUUUAAAUCAGAUGACUUGUAUUUUUACUGUAUAAAAUAAUUUUGAAAGUAGCUGUAUAUGAUUAAUUUAUAAAUGUUUACAGAUGAAACUGGAAUCCAGCCUUAUUAUAGAGGAGCUAAAAUCUGUUCUUGUCAAACCAGCAGCUGCAACAAUUCGAGAGGCUAAAAGACAUAAAUUGUAAGGGGGAAAAAAUGAUGUUCCUUCAUAUUAAAACAUGCUUGAAAGAGUGGUAAUUUUCAUAUAAUAAGUUUCUUGCAUCUAGCUCUGUAAUAUGUUCUUUAAUAAUCAUAUCAGACAUAGUAACCUGGUCUCACAGGAAGUAUUUUUGUAAUUUGCAACUCCUUUUUCAACAUAUCACUCAACAUAAUUCCAGGCAAACAGCUGAGGAAUCAGAACUAGAUACGUUGCCAUGGAAACGAAUUGUCAUUCUCCUGGAACUGAUUCAGAGCAAGAAGAAAAUCUUGGAUCCUGUUCUUUUGGUGCCAGUUGCUUUCCAAACUUUGGGCAGGUAAGAGUUCAACAAAGAUUAUUAUUCCUGUUAUAGUUAUUCCAUUUUUGUUAGAUUGCCUGUUGGGACAAAGUAGACAGAUGAUUUUUAUACCAUGCCAAGAUUUCCAAGAUUUAAUGGAUUGUUAAUUAGGGAUGUUCUCUAUUCUAAGGAUGCAUUCCUUGCUUCACUGUUGAGUCCAUACCCCCCCCCCCCCCCCCCCCCCCCCAACCCCAGAAUUUUACCUAUACCCAUUGAAUUUGUUACCUCUAUUCUAUGAGGCAGACACAAGACCAUUGCACCAAAAACGUAACUUUAUAUACAGUUAUUUGAGGGAGGAAAAAGCUAUCUAAAAAAAUUUACAAUUUUGUAUUACCACACAUUUUAUUCACUUUUCUGUGUCUUAAGAGUAAUAGAGCUGGAGCAAAAAGGUUCAGGGGAGUAUAUCAAACAGCUAAUACUGGCCACCAUCAACUUCAUAUGUUCACGUCAUCAGCAGACAGUUAAUGAUGGUGAAGGUGAGUAAUUAUAUAAUUAACAUUCUCUCUCUUUUAAAAAAUGUUUUUUAUUUUUUUUUUUCACAUUUCAAUUUAGUUUUACUUCCCUUUGUUCACCAUCAUAUACAAUUGAAUUAAUUUGAAAAGGAGAAUGUUUAUGUCACAUAAGUAGCUUAUGUUCCUCUUAGGUAACUAGAUAUAAGUCAAUAGUCGGAAGAUUUAUCUUUCAGUUUUAGCUGAGAUAGUCAAAUUAUAGGACAGACAAUAAUUUUCCUUUGGAAUAGUUCUGCCUUGUCAGGAUCUCUCUGCCUGAAGGAUACAUUGGUGUAGCUUCUUAUCUUAUGCGCAAGUGAACAUUGAAAACUGUUGUUUUUUUUUCACUUUUCUAUAUGCCAAUCUAUCAACAUACCUUCUCUGCCUAUUUAUCCUGCAUGAUGACUAUUUGCACAGACCUCCCAAUCACUUGGCUGGCUACCUUCAUAUCCCUCCAAUCCAUUUCCUUGUAGUGAAGACGCCAUAGUCCAGCUGGUUUUGUUCCCUCAUCCAGGUCUUUGAGAAUGUGUCAUGACUCCAUUCUCUUGGCAUGGUCAAGCUAGCGAUUGAACCUUUUGCUCAGAGUAGAGUAGAGUGGAGAACAAAAGACACCUAUUUCACUACUUUGAAGAAUCUUAUUUAAAGUAAUAUUAAAACUAAAAUUUUUAAAAAUGAAACUAAAAGUUUAAAAAAUUCAAAUUUUUUAAAACACAUUUACAAGGUGCAAAUUUCAAUCCAAAGAAAAAUUAAGUAGUUUAAUAAUUUAUUUUGAGUUUUCACCGUCAUUGGUACUAACAGUGAUUUGUGUGACUUGAAAUGCUUAUUUUUAUCCUGAAUUUAUUUCUUCAAGCUAUAAUGCUUUUAAUAUCCAUCUUAGUAACAAAUGAAAAGGGAAAAGAAAAGUCUAUGUACAUUUUGUUUCCUUAGUCUCAAUCAAGGGAGAACAUUUGAACAUGGAGCUUAUUGUCAACUGUAUCAGAACUUCUGACAAUCCCCACACACAUCAUCAGGCUCUACUGCUUCUCAGCUCGGCAGCCAAGAUUGCUCCUGUAGGUUAUGGUAUUCUUCAUCGAUAUUUGCUACAUCUAAAAUAUACUUAUAAAACCAUUAUGAAGUAAUUGAGUGGUUCUCAACCCUAUCUAAACCAAAGGAUAGCAACUGUUAAUAUUUUCUAGUUUGCACAAUGCUUGAGCAAAAGCAAAUGAAACCAGCCUUAACUGACAUUUAGUCAUGCAAGCAAGAUUAGUUGGUCACAACUUAUUAAUUUUAACAAAUAAGGACACUAAUUACUUCUAUCACACACCCCACUGUCAGUUAAAUCUGCCAUCUAACCAUUAUUAAAAAUGUUAAUGAAGUUCUGAAAUAUAAGUCGUCAAUUUAAAGAGUAAAAUAUCUCAAGAUUUUCUCAUGGAUUACAACUGUUGGUCAAUGUCUGACUUGCCACUACAUCUCACAAACAAAAAUGCAUGUAAAUUUGUAGGAAAAUUUAAGUUUUUAAAACUAAAUGAUCAUUGCAGAUUAGGAUUUGAUGGGAGUGUUGAACACUUACGAAAUAAUCACUUUGCCAACAUUUAAAAAACUGAAGUCGACUACCACAGUAUGGAGCUGUAGUUUUUGUUGUUCUUGUAGCUUUGUUGAUUUAAAUGUGUUUCAUAAUUUUUACAUGAACAGAUUUUAAAUGGUCAAUUUUAACUGGGGGCUGCUGUUGUUAUGAUUUUAACAACAUUUUAUUAUGCAGGGCUUACUUCUGCACAACAUGAUGUCCGUUUUCACAUUUAUGGGGGCAAAUAUCCUGCGACAAGAUGAUGCUUACAGCUUCCAUGUCAUUGGCAAAAUUCUGGAAAAUGUCAUACCGGCUCUUAUAAUGGUUUGUUUUUUCAACAGUAUUCAUUUUAGAUAAUCUGGGGUUUUUUUUUCCAAUCAGUAUGACUUGCUGUAUUUGCAUAGAUCUUUCUGGAAUAUAGCUUAUGGAUAUUACACACUGACCUACUGCCUAUCUCCAAUCUUGUUAUUUUGAAAUUAUGGAAUUUUUCAAUAGUUGUUUCUGACAUAUAUGAUUUGGCUUAUAGGCUUGUGAAGAAAAGACAAAAGACAAAGAUCAGACAAAAAAGAAAGAUCAGACAAAAAAGAAGUCAACCAAGGACUCGUCGCAAAGGAAAUCCCAAGAAAUGAUGACAGUGGUUCUUCGUGUUUUUGUAGAUGCCAUUCCACACAUCCCAUCUCACAGAAAAAUUAUGCUGUUUGAGAAACUCCUUGCUGUUGUGGGUGUAGAAAGCUAUCUUUGGAGAAUAAUAAUGCUCUUUAUUGAGAGUGUCACUGUGCGAACAUCCAAGCCUUCGACUGAACAAAAAAUAGUUGAAGACAAUGAGGAUGAAAAGGUAACACCGAUUGUAGUUAUAACUAGGAGUAAUACUGAAACUUUUUUAAUGACAGUAGCAUUGACUUUCCUAACUAAUUGAGACCAGGGUUGGUUUAGAUAACCUAUUUGUCAGAUAAAUGAACACUUCCAUGGAAAGAAGCUUGUGCAUGGAAUACAAUAUAUUCUUGCCUAAUUUUUAUGAAUUAUUGCACAAUGUAUUAUUUACAGUAAUCAACAACAGUUAAUUGUGAUUGUGUCAAAUAAUAGAUAACUGGCUCUUAAAAUAAAAUCUGAGGUCACUUUGUCUUGGCAGUGAGUAUAUUGAAAUAUAUAAUAAUUCACAAUUUUGCAGAUAGCAAGUAUCCCAUUCCAGUUACUGCAUACACAGUUUUUAUAUAAAUUUUUUUUAAUGUAUUAGUAUCUUGAACAUUCAACAUACUUUUACUUGUAGUGCUAAAAUAUAUGUAAAAUUUAAUUUUCAGUCCUCCGGUCCAUUAACUGUAUCUGACCAAGAAUUUCUGACUAGCUUGAUAGAGAAAUAUUCCUGUUCCCAGUUAUUCCAGUGCUUUCAAAAAGCUUUGUCUUAUGUCCUGCUACUGCCAGAAGAAAAACAAGACUGUAAGUUUUUAAAGUAUUUGUUCACCUAAAUAAGUCAUAUUUUGGGGUUAAAUUUAUCAACUUUUUUGUAGAAACUUUAUUAUAAGAAACGCUCAAAUGAUAAUCAAAAUUUGCUGCAUUUAGUUUACAGAAUCUUUUUUUUUCUCUUAGCUCAAGUUCUGCAAUUAAACAAAGAAACUUUAAAUCUGGACGAUAUGAGUGCCGAAGACAUGGAAAUAUUUAGCAUUCAGCACCACACUGCUAAACAGCUGAGGCAUUUUAAAUUUGCUACCGUCUUUGCUCUGAAUCACUUUAUUGGGAGCAGUUUUCUGAUAGCUCAGGUUAUAAUUUUAUUUAAUUUCCCAAUGGUGUGUAAAUUAACUUUAAAUAAAAAAGUGUAACAAACCCAUAGAUAUUGAAUCAUUAUUUGUUAUAGUUCUUGAAUAAACUAGACAUGACAUGUAUGAGCAUUAAAGUAAACAAAAUGAAUGCUAUGGAGGAUCAAAUUUAUUAUAAAUUUUGCAUAAGAUUUAAUGUAACAAAUGAAUUUACAUAAGAUUAGUAGCUAAAUUGCUCAGAGGUUUGUUGAUAUUUGUACAAGUUACAAUUUAUUAAAUUGUAAUGGAGUUAGUUAAAGAAAACUAAACAUCCAUUGAGCUUAUUCAUGUAUCUAAUAUUGAAAUGUUUAAAACAUCUGUUUAAAACCUACUUCAUGUGGUUGCUUAAUAGAUGUCAGAAAUGGAUCCUAGAUUCUUUCUAGUUGAUUACCAGCAUAUGAUGGAGACUCUACUACAAUUUAUCAGUCAAGUUACCCAGUCAAAUGAAAAACAUAAAGCAAAGAGCACUGCCAGAUUCUGGAGAAUUCUUCUAAAUAAGUCACACGAUCUAAUGGAAAGUGUAAGGAAAGCUUUUAAUUUAUUCGAUUUAAAAGAAUGUGUAUACUAUAUUCUUCUUAAUUAAGUAUAAUUCUUAUUAACAUUUAAUUCAUUUUUCAAAAGACAAUAUUUUUGUUGUAAGUAUAUUAAUAUGGAUGCAUUUAUGACUAUAAAUUAAAAUGUUAAUGCACAAACUUAUUUGUUUUCAGAAAUUGAGUGUGCUUUUUUUGUUUUUUUUAUUUAUAAAAGUAUCGUUUAAAUUACAAUUUUAUAUAUUUAUACGCUUUGGAGGUCUCCUUAUUUUUGUGACUUUUGAUAUAUUAAGUAUAAUAAAUCAUGUUUGGUUGUAUGGUUCAGUUGGUGAAUCUGCUACCUGACUCCAUGUUCAUGGAAGUUGUAUCUGGGUUGAUGGACCAUUCAUUAUCUCUUGUGCAAAGAAGAGCAAUGGAGCUACUCAAUAACAAGUUGCAACAUUAUAAAGACAAUUUGUCUCAAAGUCAAGUAUGUUGGCUAAUCAUGUUUGAUAUAAAUGUUCUUGGUUUAUCAGAGUUGAAAGAAAUAUCAUCAAUAUUCUGUAAAAGGUUAAAAAAAAAAUAGUUUUUAGAAUUUUAAGAAAAGGUUAAAAAAAAAAAUAGUUUUUAGAAUUUUAAGAUAUCAAAAUGUUAGGUGACUCUUUAAAUUUAACUUGUAACUUAAAUAUAAUUUAAAAUAAAUAUUAUGCUUAAAUAAAUUGAUUUUUGUCUAUUAAUUUCUAUUUUGUAAUUAUGUUUGUUUUUUAAAUCUUGUUUUAGGCUGACAUGCUGCUUUCAAUGACAAGUAAGUUACAGUCAAUAGUCCAUCAGUGUUUGCUCAAAAAAGGCAACGAUGUCAAGGAUGAGUACCUGGUAAAUGGUCAGACAGCACUGUACAGUUUGAAAAUUUUGUGCCGCAUCCUUGCAGAGAAAAAUGUUAAGCCAUUUUUAGAGGUCAGUUAUUAUUAUAUUAUUGUUUUAGGCAAUGUGCUUAACAUAAUCUAUGUAUUUGUAUUUAUGUUUUGCUUUCAACUUCAGCCUGAAAGUAAUUUUACAGUGUUAUUAUUUAAUUUCCAGUCAUACUAUACAUCAUCUUAAUGUUAGAUGAUUUCAUUGCUAUGAGAUAAAGCUUGCAAUAUCAGAUACCCAAAUGCAGGAAAACAAAAGUAACAAUUAAAUAUAUCGUUUGUGUGAUAUUAAAAUGCUCUUUAAUUUAUCUCUGAACUUAUAAAGAAAUAAUACAGGGGGUGGGGGUUGUUUUAUUUUGAAUUCUGUGUUUGAAUUUCAACACAUUUAAGUAAUUUAUAUUAUUAAAAAAAAAUAAGUGGUGUUAGCCAUUAAAUGGCACCUUUUUAUUUACCUUUUUUUUUUUUUUUUUUUUACAUCCUUGGGAAGUUUUUUUUUUUCUUAAGUAUAAUUUAAAAAUUUAAAAUUUUUUUUUUUUUAAUUUUUUUUAUAUUUUUAUUAAAAAUUUAUUUUUUUUUUUUUUUUGUGGUGUUAGCCAUUAAAUGGCACCUUUUUAUUUACCUUUUUUUUUUUUUUUUCUUCACAUCCUUGGGAAGUUUUAUUUAUCCUAAAGUAUACUAUAAAGAUUGAAAAUCUGUUUUUUUUAAAUUUUAUUACGAUUAUUAUUAAAAAUGUAUUUGCUUUUUAUUUUACUAAUUCAAAAAUAUUUGACAGCUGAAAGAGUGUUAAGUGAUACAACUGUCAUGCUGAUAAUCAUCACAAUUCAAUUUAUGGGGGAUCUUGAAACUAUUGGGAAAAAACUUUACUAAAGAUAAAGACACUUAUUUCUGUUGACUUUAAAUGUAAACAUGUUUUUACACUUGUAUUUUUUCUGUAGGUUUUGAGUCUGUGCGUGAAAGUUUUAAAUCACCACAAAGACAAUGGAAUGAUUUCUGCAUCCUCCAUGUUAUGCAUCGCUGAAGUUGUUAGUAGUGCAAAAGUCCACACUAUGGAGUACCUCACAGAAUUUAUGCCACUGUUCAUAUCUCAACUUAAAGCUCCAAUGGUCACACAGUAAGUAUGUGUUAAAAAUAUUUGAUUAGGCACUAAUAAAGAUUUUUGCUAGAUAUUCUCAAUCCACUAUUGCCAAGUGCUAGUUUUUUGUUGCUAUUUCCAAGAGUAAAGGUUACUUUAAACUUUAAUUUAUUCAAACGCUUCCAAUUUCAUGCACUGGUGAUACAGCUGACUUAUUAAUCUUAACCUUUGAAGUCCCAUGGGGUGGUUAAAAGUAUUGUCAUGUUAACUGAAUGUUCUGCUCAAUUAGCUAAAUAUAUCUAUUACCGGUACCAAACAGAAAUGCUUAGAACAUAAACUUAGUCAUUAUUUUUGGUGAAAUUGGGAAACAUGUUUCUAUUGAACACACAUGACUAGAAAAAGUAUAGCUACACUAAAAACUAUGUUUUACUAACAUUUUAAGCUUUGUUACAUAUUUUGUUCCAGACAUGACAUGUUGUUACUUGCUGCUAUUACAUCACUACAAAAGAUAAUAGAGGCGCUUCCACGCUUUCUCAGCCCAUAUCUCAUGGAUAUAAUUGUACAGGUACCACACUUUUUUUCUUUCUUUUUUUUUUUUUUUAUUAUUUUUUAAAAAAAAAUUUCAUGUUUUUUAGUGUAAUAUUUUGAAAUAUAUUUUUUUUUUUUAUAUAAUUGUAAAGGUACCACUAUUUUUUUUUUUUUCUUUUUUUUUUUUUUAUUAAUGUUUAAAAAAAAAGUGCAGGUUUUUAAGAGUAAUAUUUUGAAAUAUAUUUUUGCUUUUCGUUUGUCUAUAAUUUAACUUGUAUUUUUAUAAAAUAGAUAUAGAAUUUAAAUGCAUUUUGCCAAGUAUGUAAGAUAAAUAAAACAAUAUCUCCACCACAUAUUUAAUGUUACAUUAAAUUUUGAAUAGGUUUGCAUCAUCAGUUCCAUUGCUGGUUCUCAUUCAGAAACUCACAAGCCACCAGUAGUGCAGAAAAUUAAACUCAUAUGGUAGGCUCUUAAAAAUAAUAAGACAAUUUUUAUUUUCAAGGUUUUUUUCAAUAGUUGAUAAUAAAAUUAAUAUAGUCUUAUGGUUUUAAAAAAUAUGUCAAUAAUUAAUAUUAGAACUUCUAUAUUGCUUUUUUAUUUGAAAACUUUUUAGGGAUAUAGGUGUACUAAUACACACAAAACUAAUAUUAUUUAAAGCUAGCUGAGAGUUUCAGGAUUAAAUAAAUUUUAAUAUUCAUUUUGAAUGAAACUUUUCUUGCAAAAAAAUUGUUUAUUUGGUCAAAAUUAAUGUCAUCUUGUAGUAACACAUUGGCCACAGUGACACCUACUAGAACAUUCUUGCCUGUGUUAGAAAAAACUUUUACUGCUUUGGAAGACAACUUGGCGGUAAGAAAUAUAGUCUAUCACAUUUGGUUUGGUUUGUCUAUCUGAAUUCCACAUUUAGCUGAAUAUUAAUAUUAUUAUUUUUUUUAUGCUAAUAUUUUGUGCUACAGAUAAAGAUGAAUUUCAUUGUAAGCCAAUUGAAUGAUUUCAAAUUUAAGUUUCUAUUACCUGUAUUCACAUCAUGACUGAUUCUCCUCCUAUAAACCGAUAAACGUACAUGGGUUUCCUUGUAAAAAUGUCUGGUGUGGGUGGAUGAAUAUACCUAUGGUGUUGUUUUGCUUAUAUGUUGUUUUUAUUUCAUUUAUGUAUUUUAUUUUAAUAUUAUGAUUAUGCCUCUUUGCUAUAUAUGUACAGCGCGGUGAGCCCAGCCCUAGGCCGGGGUACCGCGCUAUAUAAGACCACUUAUUAUUAUUAUUAUUAUUAUUCCAAAUAAGCAAAAUAAAUUUUUUUUUUCAAAUAUUUCUACAAUCUUAUUUUUUAACAAUUUUACUAACUAUGCUAAAUUAUAAUUGCCUGAUGUGUACUUAAAUUUUUCCUGGAUUAGAAAACAUUUAUUCUUUCAGUCCUAUUUUAUUCCUGUUUGACAGUUCUAAUGCUGUGUCUCAAUCACUCUCUCUAUGUAUUUAUAUUUGCAUUUCCUAAUCUUUGUGCAUAAUUGGAUAUUAUCAGGAUGAGAGUAAAUUAAUAAACUAUACAUCAAAUAAUUAAAUAUCAAAUACACUAUUUUAUCAAUUACUCCCUUAUGUAAUCUCACUCCAUAAAUGAAUUUUGUAUAUUUUACAGUCAUGUGCAGAUUGUGCCACAUCCAUGUUGAAAGAGCAUAUUGUAAAAAUGUCAAGAGAAGAUCUAACAACAUUCUCUAAGGAUCUCCUUCAGUUUUUCUUUGUUUGCUUUGAUAUACGAACCACACAUACUGAGGUUUAUUUUUUCUUUUCAUUUUUUAAAAAUGUUAUGAUUUUUAAGAAUUGGUUAUGGGCCACAUCAGUUUUAGACAUAAUGUCAAGUAAAAUUUCUUAUUUAGAGUUUAAAAACUUUAGCAGUUUCAAAUUAGCGAUACGUAAGAAAUAUACAGUUUGAUUUUUACCAGUUUUAUGUAAACAUGAAUUGAUAAAGGUUGCUGUAGACAAGAGCUUCGACUUAUGCAAUAACAUUUUUAAAUAUCUAUUCUUCUGACUUAGAUUAAUGAGAUUGACUUGGAUGUCAUUGAAGGAUGUGUGAUGGAAGCAUUUGUAUCUCUUGUAUUCAAGCUCUCAGAAGCUCAGUUUAAACCUAUGCUACUUCAGGUAUUCAAAGUUUUUGCAUUUCAUUCAUCUUUACCACUUUUUUAAACCCAUACGAUAUGUUUCGCCGCAGUGUGCGUCACCCCAAUUUUGGCUGAAUAUCUUUCGCCGCAGAGUGCGUCUUCAUUGGUUUUCUUCAUUCCUUUAGUGUUUUAACUUUUAGUCAAAUAUUUUAUUUAUAGCUUUCUAAACUUUUAUUUAGAAGAGCUUCAACUUCCUUUCUGUGAAUUUUCUGUCGGAUUAUACCAUGUUUUGUGUAUUAUUUGCUAGUUUUUUCACGUUCUAAAAAUUGUAAACAAACAUCAGCUGAUUGAAAUGGCUUUGACGAGUGGUACUAAUGCUAAUAUUAGGUCUGCUCGCUCAAGAUUUAGAUGUAUGACUGCUGAAGGAAGAAGCAAGCCAGUUAAAUAGCUUGGAUGAUUCAUUGGACUCGAAUGAAAACAUUGAAGACGAGGAUAUAGUUUGUUAAUUAUGCGUAAAUAUUUGUGUACCAGACCGGAAUAGUUAUUUUUAUUAUUAACUUUUGGAACACUAUUGUGUUGAGAAAUAAUUCAUAAAUUAGCAAUUUCUUGAGGUGUUGCAACAAAUCUUUCCUCAUACUUUGGAUAUAUAAUAAGGCUUAUUUGCUGAAAAAAUUGUCUUGAUUGGAUUGUUUUUACCUGAUUUAUGGGUUGGUGAGUAGAAUUGUUAUGGGCCACAUAACAUUUUUUUUAAAGAAUUUUUUUAUUUACUUUUACAUAACACUGUUAUAUUACACCUAAAGUUUUUCUCUUAUAUAAUUUUUUUAUCGCUCUUUUAUAAUAAAAACAUAUUCAUUGUUCAAUUAAUUAAAUUUUGAUAUGCUAUAUGAUGAAGGUUUGGUAAACAGAAAGCUGUAUUUUAAGUUAAAAAUCAUCAGGUCAAAUGGAAUUUUAGUCCCCUAAUAUUACUAUGUUCCACUGAAUAAUUGUAAUGUAUUGAAUGGGUUAAGAGACAUCCAAAUUUUAAUUUGUCCUAUUAGGUUUCCUAAAUGUAUUUGAAGGUUUGGAAAACAUCAUGUCGUUCUAAUGUCUUUGAAUGCUGUUAGAAUAUGUAAAAUAAAAAAAUCUCAAAUUUGAAGUUUUUACCUUCCAUACUAGUUUUUUCACAGUUAUUUACUUUGUACUCUAAGAGAUAGAAACCAACAGGAACUUUCAAAUGCUAUUAUGUAAUUUCUCCAGAUUUAUAACUGGGCAACUGACGAAGAUGUCAGUCAUGAGAGAGUUUUAGUAUUUUACAGACUCUGUGACAGGUAAAAUAUUAAAUAAUUUUUAAGAGGCAUUUUAUGUAAAAAUGUAUCUAUCUUUCUAGGAAAUAGUCACUGAAGUAUAUUCAUAGUAUCUAAAAAAUAAUAUAUUUACAGUGCAGUGGUGUAUAGUGAAUUUGAGAAAUGUCCUGUGAUCAUGUUUUCCCAUAUGUGGACAUAUUUUCAUGUACAUUUAUCUAUGUGAUAUAAAUAGACUAAGAUAUAGACUAAGAUUUUGCACAUAUCGUUUCACAUUUAGUUAAAUGCACAUAGAAUAAAUAUAAACCUUAAUCUGUCAAAACUUACUUUUUUUAUUGAAAAAACCAUCUCUAAUAUUAAAAAAAAAAUAUUGCAUUACAAGAAAAGUUUUUUUGACUUAAAGUUAGAAUAAAGAUAUAUCUUUUUUUCCUUUCAGCCUAGCAGCAAAAUUAAAAAAUCUGUUUACCUUGUUUGCUGGUCACAUUAUUAAACACAGUGCUCAAAUGUUGGAUGCAAACAACAAAAGCAAGAUCAGUGAGUAUUUAUUUUCUGCUGAGUUAUGAGCCAACUGCAGUCAGUCAGAUUAAAACAGUAAUAGAAGGAACUGUUCUCCUUUUUCUUCAUUAUAUUAAGGGCCCACGAUCAAUUUAUUGAUCAUUUUGGUUCCUAUGAAUGUAGAGGGGAUUUGCAAUGUUCAGUUAUCACAGAAAUGCAUUCUAGAAUUGUAUUUAUUUCCUGUGCUUCCUCAAAGCCACAUUGCAUCUACUCCCCAGAAUGCACCUAUUUUGGAAAGGACAAGGCUGCUCGUAAAAAAUCUGGCCAUCUGCUUGUUUACAUCACUGAUUGCCUACAGAAAACUUUAGCUCAUGACACUGAAGGUUUCCUCAACAAAGAAAGAUUUGAUAUCAUCAUGCAGCCUUUGGUUGACCAGGUUAUUAUAGUGUUCCAUUUCUGUCACUUUUCUUUAAUGAAGAGAAAAUUAAUAUAAAUUGUGAUUUAAAUGUGUAGAACAUUGAGAAUCAAAUUGUCAUGUAGUGGAGAAAGGUGUUUGAAGAGCACUUCUUACUGGGGCAUAUUUCACAAAAAAUCAUUUUGCUAACAAUCGUUGCAGUUGUUUUCAAGAUUUUAAAAGGCUGGAGCAUUAAGUCUUUUCAGUUCCUUUGUCAUGAUAGCGUUUAAAAUUUAUAAUAAUAUUCAUAUUAUUUUCAAAUUUAAAAUCUGCUACCAAAAUAAUAUUUUCUGUAAAAAUUUUUGAGUAGUGGAGAAGAAUUUCUAAUAUAUUGGUGUUGUUUUCAACUUGAAAAACUAUAAUUCCAAAGAUUUUUUGUUAGAUAUAUAACAAAGCAUAACAGUCACCCCUUCCUACUAACAAUUUUAUUUUCAAAAAACAUAUGAAUGAUUCUUAUUAUGUGUAUAUAUAUAUGUAUAUAUACAUAUAUAUAUAUGAACAAAAACAAACAUAAUUAUAUAUUAUUUUGAUUUGGGUUUUCAAACUUCACAGAUUUUUCCACCAGAUGUUUAUGAUUUUUGUCUUGAGCCAUUAUGAAAUCUGCUUCAAAUUUAAUUUAUGAAUUUAUUUUAAUGUUAAAUCAAAAUAAUUUGCCAAUUUUAUUUCUUUUAAAAAAUGUAUUAUCAUUCUGUUUUAAAGCUUGAAAACACAAUUGGCAAACCAUCGGUUUGUGAGGAUCGUAUCUUGAACCAUGUUGUCCCAUGUGUGGCCAGCCUUGCUGCAGCUGCCCAUGAUGAUUCACUAUGGAAGGACUUAAACUAUCAGAUCCUCCUGAAAACAAGGCAUGAAAAUGCUAAGGUAUGUGUUUUUAGGACAAUUUUUAAAAAUAUUUUUGGGUUUAAUUAAAGUAUAAAUAUAACAACUACAUUUUUGUUUUGUACCUCUUUAUAAAUUAUUAACAUUACUUUUUUUUUGUUCAAUAAAGAUUAUGCAGCAAAGUAGACAUGCAACAAUUUCUUCAUACAAAGUAAACUAAUAGAUAUGUACCAAAUGUGAUCUAACCUUAUGUUUAACUCAAUAUUUCAGGUUCGUAUUUGGGCACUCUCUGCUAUUGAUGCAUUCCACAAACAACUUGGUGAAGAUUACACUCAGCUGGUGCCAGAGACUAUACCAUUCAUGGCUGAACUUAUGGAGGGUAAGCUCUUAUACCAUUUUUUUAAAAAUUAGAAAUACAAAUUCUAUUAUUUAUAUGUCAUAAGCUAAACCAUUUACUACCAGUGAUAAUUUUAAGUAAUUAAUAGAUAAUAUACGUAGUUUAUAAAAAAAAGUAAGAUAAUUCCUUACCAAUAUUGUCAUGUAUAUAAAAUAUGCUAUAUCUAAAUUAUAAUUCUUGUGAACUCACAAAAUAUUCAUUGCAGUUGUAAAAGUCUGCCUAAUAAUUUGUGUAUUACUUUCUUACAGAUGAAUCUGAUGAAGUAGAGAAACACACCCAGAAAGUUUUGGCUGCCAUGGAAAUUUCAGUGGGAGAAAAUCUGCAGGAG